UUUUUUUUUGUUACACAAAUGACAAUGUGUGUUCUUUUAUGAGGACAUAACAUUUGUAUUUUGUAGGUCAUGGUCUUUUGUUGCUGAUCACCUAAUUUCAGACAAAUUCAAAUAGUAUAUAUUGUUCAAUCAUUGUGUUUGCACUCAACUACACAAGACUUGAGCUUUAAUGUUAUAACUUACAAUAUUUUAAAAAUUACUAUCUUCCACAUCAUAAUGCUGAACACAGGAAAAUUGUCUGGACUGACUUUGUUCAUUACUGGUGGGAGUCGGGGUAUUGGUAAGGCAAUAGCCUUAAAAGCAGCUAGGGAUGGUGCUAACAUUGUUAUUGCUGCUAAAACCGCUGAGCCUCAUCCAAAAUUACCAGGAACUAUAUACACAGCUGCUAAAGAAAUUGAGGAAGCUGGAGGAAAAUGUUUACCUUGUGUAGUGGAUGUAAGAGACGAAAGUCAAAUAGCAGAUGCUGUUAACAAAUCAAUUGGCAAAUUUGGAGGUAUUGAUAUAGUUGUUAACAAUGCAAGUGCAAUUUCAUUGACUCCUACAUUAGAUACAGAGAUGAAGAGAUACGAUUUAAUGCACAAUAUCAACACAAGAGGAACAUUUUUAGUAUCAAAGAUGUGUAUACCUCAUCUGAAAAAAAGCAAACACGCACAUAUUUUAAACAUUAGUCCUCCAUUAAACAUGAAUCCUAAUUGGUUUAGAGACCAUGUUGCUUAUACAAUGGCUAAAUAUGGAAUGUCAAUGUGUGUAUUAGGAAUGGCUGCUGAGCUUAGAGCAGAUAACAUUGCUGUAAAUGCUUUAUGGCCAAAAACUGCUAUAUACACUGCAGCUGUUGAAAUGUUAUCUGGCUCAACUGAAGCAAAAAAGUUAUCUCGUAAUCCAGAAAUUAUGGCAGAUGCUGCUUAUGCUGUACUUAGUAGGUCUGUUGAAAAUUGUACUGGGCAGUUCCUAGUCGAUGAUGAAGUGCUACGACAAGAAGGAAUUACUGAUUUGAACCAAUAUGCCAGUGAUCCAAGCUAUAAAGGAGAUUUAAUGAUGGACUUCUUCUUGGAUGAAGCUCCUCAUGACGGUUUCAAUCAAGGAAAGAAAAAAUCUCAACAAACUAAAAAAUCAGAUGGAAAAGAUAAUAUUGAGGGUAUAUUCGCAAAAAUCAAUUCACAUUUGACUCCAGAAAUAGCUAAAGGAACAAAUGCUUGUUUCUUGUUUGUAGUAAAAGGAGAUGAGGAUAGAACUUACUAUGUAGAUCUAACUGGAAAUGGUGCAGCUGGAAAAGGUAAACCAACUACAAAACCAGAUGCUACUUUAACAAUGGAAGCUGAUAAAAUAGAAGAAUUAUUUGAUGGAAAGCUAAAAGCUGCCGACGCUUAUAUGUCUGGUAAACUUAAGAUCAGCGGAAGUUUAAUGAAAGCAAUGAAAUUGGAGAAACUUAUGAAAUUACUUAAAGCUAAAUAUUAAGUUUUUUUUUUCAUGUAAAAAGUAAGUAUACCGUGUUUGAGGGAAUAUUUUAUAUUUAAACUUAAUUGCAUAAUCACAUGUAUGUUGCAUUAAACAAUUAAAAACUAGCCAUUGUUUUACCAAAUUUCAAUAUUUUUUACAA